CACGAAUCUACGCAUUUCACGUUCGACUGUCCCCGGUAAACGGUGAGGAAGCUCGAGUGCGGUAUUUUCAUUCGAAAAUGACGUCCGUUUGAAAACGGCGCGCCGGAACCGGGCUUCAGGACCCGUCGACACUCCGUCGCGGGAAUAGCGAACGCCGACGAGCUCGUCGUCCGUGACAUCCGGCUGCUACUCCGUAUUUCGUCGCAGUGCUGACCGUGCGCGUAUACACGUUGACGAAAUCGUAUUCGGAGUCCUCGGUCCGACAACAGCUCCGAUAUCGCGAGGCAGCCGUGUAUCGUUCGAGGGAAUAAUAUACGUUCGUUCGUCGUCGUACCGCGAGUAGCAGCGGUCGUUCGGUUCGUCGGGACUCCGGGAUCGCACCGAGGAGAAGAAACAAAGCAGGAGACGACGACCGAUCGGUCGGGCAUCGGCGGACGGAGGAAGAACCGCCAUUGUUCUUUGUGCGAAUCCUGGAUCUGCCGGAGGUUCGUUUUUAAAAAGGCGAACCAGUUUUUCCCCGCGCCCGUACGAUCCCUGCGGCGACGCGCCGGCAUCUAGUGUUAUUUCAACAAAUCACCGUGACGCUGAAUUUCAGAAUCUAUUUCCCGUAUCGUAAUUAAAUCGUUUGUUUACAUUCACGCUACGGCUACACCGUCGCGAGAACCUCCGGUCAAAAUCAUUUCUCUCAACGGUCGAUAUCGCAACGCGGCCGUCGGACGGCGAGAUGUCUUCUUACGCGGAGUUCGUUAUCGGGAUUUGCGUUACCCUCGGAUUCUGUUUGUUCGUAUUUUUGACGAAUCGUAAGCAGGGUCGCAGGCUGCCGCCGGGUCCGCGGGGAGUCCCGAUCCUCGGCUUUUUACCCUGGAUAAAACCAGACGCACCUCACGAAACUCUCACCGGACUCGUGCGAAAAUACGGACCGGUGUGUGGCCUGAAAUUGGGAUCCCUCUACACGGUUCUCGUCGCCGAUCAUCGUCUCGUCUCUCAGGCACUCGGGAGGAGCGAACUUUCCGGGAGAGCACCUCUUUACGUGACCCACGGGAUAAUGCAAGGAUACGGGUUGAUUUGCGCCGAGGGAGAUUUGUGGCGAGAACAGCGCCGUUUCGCCGUCGGAUGUCUCAGAAAUCUUGGAAUGGUUAAACUUGGGAUCAAGAAGAAAAUAAAAAUGGAGACCAGGUUGCAAACCGCUGUCGACGAAAGCAUCGCGAAACUACUGACGCGUUCGAACGACGGGGUCGGCGUCGAUCCCCAUCACACCUUGCUCCAUUGCAUGGGAAACGUAAUGAAUUCGAUAGUUUUCGGCAAGGUAUUCGAAGAGGACGAUAAAACUUGGAAAUGGCUACAAAGUCUUCAAGAGGACGGUGUAAAACACAUAGGAAUAGCGGGGCCGCUAAAUUUUCUCCCUUUUCUCAGAUGGCUUCCGCGGUACAAAAAAAUGAUGCGUUUUCUCAUCGAGGGAAAAGUAAAAACCCACGAAAUCUACGCGGGGAUGAGUCGCGAGGAUAACACGGAAUGCGUGCUGUCAGCGUUCGAUGAGGAAGUCGAGAGAAGACGAGAGAAUGGCGAACCGAAUGGCCACUUUGAUCAACCGCAAAAAAUGCACCUACUAGCUGAUCUUUUCGGUGCAGGAACCGACACCACUCUCACAACUCUUCGGUGGCUGCUGCUCUUUCUGGCCGUCCACCCGCAGGAACAGAAAAAUAUCCACGACGAGAUAACGACGGUUUUGAAAGGCAAGACGAUAGAACUCGAGGACAGAAAAGUCCUGCCCUAUUUGGAGGCCGCGAUUGCGGAAACUCAGAGAAUCCGGAGCGUCGUUCCAAUCGGGAUACCCCAUGGAGCUCUCGAGGACUCCGAAAUCGGCGGCUACCUCAUCCCAAAGGGUUCGAUGGUCGUCCCGUUGCAAUGGGCAAUUCACAUGGAUCCAGAGUAUUGGGAAAAUCCAGACGACUUCAAGCCUAGCAGAUUCAUAUCAAAAGAUGGAAGCUUCGCGAAACGGGACAAUUUCCUCCCCUUUCAGAGCGGUAAGAGGGUAUGUCUUGGAAUAGAACUCGCUGGGAUGAUGCUAUUCAUUUUUGCCGGUCGUAUUCUUCAAGAUUGUAAAAUCUCCUUGCCUCCCGAUGUUACCGUGGAAUUAUCCGGAGACUGCGGUAUCACUUUAACGCCGAAACCCCACAGGCUGAUAUUUACCCCAAGGCAUUGAUUUUUCCAUUUUAUCAUUCAUUUCACUUUCUCUUUUUUGUUCCGUUUAUGCAUUGCUUAAAAAUCAAUAAUCGCAUACUUAGCGAUCCCUAUUUAAGUAUAUAUAUUUAUACGGUGUAUAGAAUUUUCGUUGAGCAAAAAUAUAUUUAUAUACAUAUA